GUCGCCAUUAAAUUCAGAAUGGCGACAGGAAAAAUAUUGUUAAGAAGAGGUGUGAUCCUGGUCCUGUUGGUCAUAUUUGAGAUUGUCAGAUCUGAAAGUAACGUCGCGGUAAACAAAGUAGCAGUACAAAGUAGUGACGAAGCGAGCGGUAAAUAUGUAGCCAGUAAAGUUGUUGAUAACUGUACAAAUACAGACAUUGCGGCUAAUUGUUGUACACAUACAGCAACUGGUUACACAACGGCCUGGUGGCUUGUUGAUCUGGGAGAGAUGAUGACCAUUAAUACGAUCACAAUAUACUACAGAGAGUCUGUGGUGUUCGUGGCUUCUAGUUUACACAGGUGGUAUCUACAUUGUGAGUGCGUGAUUUUUUUCCCAUGUGGUUUUCAGUACUCAUUGGCAGGAUAUCAGCUUUAUGUAUCCAAUACCACCAACACACCAACAGACGGUGACCUGUGUUUUGAGGACCGUAGUAGUACUAGAGAUGCUGUCCGGCUGGUGGACAACCACAGGUGCUCGUAUGUAGGCCAAUAUGUGACCGUAUACAACUAUAGAAACAACCCAAAACGAUACGACUGGUAUAGUGAUGACGCAAUUCUGGAGUUAUGUGAGGUACAGGUGUUUGGAUGUCAAGUAGGGAGAUACGGUGACGGAAACUGUAACAGUCUGUGUCCACCAGGGUGUUAUGACGGUUAUUGUAACUCUACAACAGGUGCCUGUUUCUACUGCUUCACAGGAAAAUACGGCGUCUACUGUGACUCGGAUUGUCCUGCAAAUUGUAAGGACGAUCUUUGUACGAAAGAUGCUGGUACUUGUUUAGACUGUAUUCCUGGAAGGUACGGUACUAGAUGUGAAUUAAACUGUACUGGGAACUGUAAGGAUGUGUGUGAAAAAGACACGGGACUCUGUAUAGAAUGCAUUCCUGGCAAGUACGGAAACACAUGUGAUCAGGUCUGUCCUGAAAAUUGUAAGGAUAUGUUGUGUGAGAAGUCCACGGGAAACUGUAUUGAUUGUGUUCCCCAAAACCACGGCAUCAUAUGUGAACUUAAUUGUUCUACAAAUUGCCUGGAUAGUCUAUGUGAGAAAGAUAACGGGAGCUGUCAUGAUUGUAUUCCUGGAAAGCACGGUUCUAGCUGUGAUCAGAACUGUCAAGGAAAUUGUAAGGACAUGCUGUGUGAACGGUUCACAGGAUCAUGUACAGAAUGCGUUACUGGAAAGUACGGUAAUGCAUGUGAUCAGGACUGUCCUGGAAAUUGUAAUGAUACUUUGUGUAGAAGGGACUCCGGAGACUGUAUAGACUGUAUUCCUGGAAAGCACGGUACUAACUGUGAUCAGAACUGUACAGGGAAUUGUAAGGACGAGCUGUGUGAACGGUACACAGGAUCCUGUACAGAAUGCGUUACUGGAAAGUACGGUAAUGCAUGCGAUCAGGACUGUCCUCGAAAUUGCCAUGACACGUUGUGUAGAAGGGACUGCGGGGAUUGUAUAGAUUGUGUUCCUCAGAAGUACGGCAUUAGGUGUGAUCAUAAUUGCUCUACAAAUUGUCUGGAAAGUCUAUGUCAGAAAGACAACGGGAUCUGUUAUGACUGUACUGCUGGAUUUUACGGUACAAACUGUUUGAUGACGUGCAAUAGCAGGUGUGGUGAAUGUGAUCAGCAGAGCGGGAAAUGCACGGGUAAGUUUAUGUAUAGCGUUGUUGGCGAAAAUAAUAUAUGUAAGAAAUAUAUAUAUGUAAACAAAAGAUCAAUUCCUUAUAUGUCUUCAAGUUGUAUUUACAUGCCCCUCUUCAGCCAACCUUGUAUUAAUAGUUGAACUGAUCGGUAACCAAAUGUUGGUAAAACAAGUUAAUGUAUAUAUUGAUGAACUUAUAAAGUGCACCAAUAGUUGAUUGAGUUUUUAUUGGAUAUAUUAUAUCUUAGCACAAAGCAAACAAUGAUACCUGGAGAGGGAAAAUAAUAUUUUGUACAUGAAUGAUUUUACAUGUAGGUUUUAUUUUAGACAGGACAGGUAAGAUAUUCACAUCGACAUUACUUCACUGUAUUAGCGAAAUGACAGAUACAUAGUUAAACAAAACAGUCCAAUACAUAGACAAAUAAAAAUAUACACAAAUCUCUUAAGACGAAUUAUAUUAAUCAAUUAUAGAAAUGUUAUCAGGGCGUUGCGUCAGGUGGAAGCAACGAACACACAUUCAAACAAAACAUAUCUACUACACAAAUCAAACUAGAUAUACAUACGAUGACAAUGAGGUUGUUUUACAUUGUAUUGUUUCGUCACGUGAAUCACCUGUCAUUUAUCCGUGUAACCUGUGUUUGUCCUGUCUUGCGUACCUUGUUUGUCCUGUGGUAGUUAAUGUGACGUUGAACAUUUGCUUGUCUGGUGUGUAUUGAUGAAAUAUUAAAGUAACUAUAGUGAGUUUGAUGAAUACCAUGAUCAGUAAUAUAUAUCGCAUAUCAUAUAUAUAUAUAUCUCGGGUAUCCUGCUUUUGAAAUUGUAUGUUAAAAUCAUACAGUCGUCUUAUGCGCUCUAUAUGGCAACGAAAGUAUUUAUAAUGAUAAAUUGCAUUAUUAUUAUUUUUUAUCCAUGGACGAAUUCCAUAGAAUUUUUUUCUGUGAUUAACGAGAGACAAAUAUUUUACCAAAAGCAAUUUUUAUCGAUUGUUGUAAUGAAACAUUGUAUAUCUAAAACAUAAUUAACAAUGCAUUUUCUUAU